UCGAAAUCUCGCGCCCGUGAACACGGUUUGAUCAACAAACGGCCCAACCUGCGAGAAUUCUUUUCGCUUGAAAAUUGGGGCUUGAUCGAAUUUUAUCCCGCAAAUUUCUCCCUUUACUCUUACACAUCUCUCCUUUCAUUGACUCAUCAUGAGGGAGGUCAAUUUCAGUAUCCCAAACGUCAACAAGGCGUCUGUCGGGAUCACUACCGCGCUAUACGAUCGUCGCGCUCUCGACUGCACAUCCACAUUACCAUUGAUCAAUUCCUUGAACCAUCUUGCAUAUCUCACCACUUCUUCCGCUCGCAUCCGUGACAUUCUCACCGUCGAUGGCGGUGUCGAGAGACUCAUCUGUAUCCUCAAAGAGGGCAGAGGCAAAGACAUGAUGGAGAUGUGGAAAUGGAACCUGGCUUUCCAGUGCGUGGUCAACAUUGGCGUACGUGGCUCGGAGAGCGUUCGAACCAGAGUGGUCGAGGCCGACAUGGUUCCCGUCAUUGCAACUAUCCUUGACAAUUAUAUCAAAGUCAUCGAUCCUUAUCGGGAAAAAUGUGAAAAGGAACACCGUGGCAGUCGAGCGGGCUCCCAACACAAGCAGCACUCGCGGUCGCGUGAGCAUGGAAAUGCUUCCUUCUCUCAUCGACCAGAUCGGGGUACCAGUCAUUCUGAGCAUCGCCAGUUUCGCAGACAGGCCCCUCCGCCAUCCAUCGAGAUACCACCUUCUUCACAGAAUGAGCAGGCUCCUGAGACGGAGGCAAUGGAUAUCUCCAGCACUCCCCCUGCUCAUGCCCUGACCUCACCGCCAGAGCGAACCACAUUUUCGCGUCAUCACCACCAUCAUCGGAGUCACGAUGAAAGACACCGAAUCCAUCCAUCUCUCAUCACCACGGGCUCUCGCUCCAGCAGUUCUCGUGCACCGGCCACCGCCGUCCCGAGCAUUGAAAUGAGCGAUGCCUUUGGUCUGCGCCCAGUCCGCGACAGCGACCGUCUGCCGUCAAUGCUUCCUGCACUUCAGACUGGCAUUACCUCGCAGCCAGACUCUCCGACCACCCCAAGCGCCCCUCCUCAGGUCCGUCCCUCAGCUCCUAUGAAUCGCCAGCGUCGUCGACCUUCUAUUCGUCACCAGGUCUCCAUGUCUGGAGAUUCGGACGACCCAAACGCCGAUGGGAUGGCCUCGGAUGAAUCUGCUGAAGCUGAGAACUCCAGAGACCACAUGGUCGAUCUUGACAACAGCCUUGUGAUGCAAGGUUUCCAGGAGCGCGCCGACGUGCUUGACGGAGUUUCCUCCCCACUCAGUCUCACUGCUGCAAAUGGUUCCGAAGGGCAGGACUCUGAAGGGUUCAAUCUCACCAACCACCGAGCUGUUGUGGAAAUGAGCAUGGUCAACGCUCCGGAAAAUCACACCAAUCCGUCAAUGGCUUUGUCGCCGACACCUGGUCCAGUCAGCCCGGUGAAUCCUCAUGGAGCCAGCACAAAUCAAGCCUUGUAUCAUCGCCUCGUCAUGGAUCGGCCUCCUCUUCCACCAUCAGUCAUGGCUCUCUUACCUCGCGACGAGGAUGUUCUGAUGUCCCUCCAGCUGCUCGCAUACGUCUCCAAAUAUUGCAACUUGCGAUCUUACUUUCAGAAAUCUCACCUGGUUCCCAAGUUGCAAAUUAGUCGCGAAUUACAGAUUCUUGAAGAGGGAGGCGCCAACUGUCAACUUGCCGACAAUGCUGAUGAGGAGUACCUUGUUCCCGAUGAUUUCAACAUCUUCCCUCUGGUGGAGAAAUUUACUGUCCGUCAUCACACUACUGAUAUGCAGUACUGGGCCGGGGUUGUGAUGCGAAACCUCUGCCGAAAGGAUGACUCCCGUGGCGGAAUCCGUCAAUGCGCUCACUACCAAUGCGGAAAAUGGGAGGAGUAUACCCGGCAGUUUGCAAAGUGCCGUCGCUGCCGACGAACCAAGUACUGCAGCAAGGAAUGCCAGAAGAGCGCAUGGGUCUACCACCGUCACUGGUGCGUUGCUGCUCAACCCUAAACUCUUUUUACGACUUGGUGGCAUCCAAAUCCUUCUUUUGUCACCUCUUAUGAUGCCGUUUUAUUAAGUUCCCGUUUGAAAUUACCUUCUUCGUCCACUUAUCCCAUCAUGAUUGCGGCGUACUAUGAGGCGUUAGCUCCACUCCAUCCUUUUCUUGGGUCCUGUUGCAUGUCUUUGACUACACAACGAUUCCCCUCUGUUAGCCGGAAAACUUUUACUCUAUUCCCU